ACAUCACAGCCCUGGAGCAAAGUACAGGCCCGAAAGAAGAAGACCGGAGAACUUUUGUCUUCCUUGGAGUUUAAUGAAGUUGGCCUGGGUCACAUAGCAAAGGAUUAGCAGAGAAUCCAGUGACACCGAGCUGCGACUGCUGAAGAGGAACCUGGACUGUCAGAGGUGUGUGAGAAGGAUGGUCUUGGUUCAGAGCUGCACCAGAAGGAAUAUGGCCGCAGCUUUACCGGGCUUUGGAAGCUCCGGAAAGAGCUUUCUCAUCGACAAUCUUCUGAAAACGCAAAGCUCCCCGGUCCACCCAGAAGGAACGGCAUGUGGACAACUGAGGCAAGCUGCAUGCGAACGCCCAAGGAGAACCUGGGGCCAGGAGCAUGGAGCCCUCCAAACCCUGACCCAAAGUCCUCCACAGGGGAAAACACUGGGGGGACCGCUUCUGCCUUGUUCAGGUGUGCUGAGCAGCGUUUUCCUGCAGAGCCCGCAGUAUCUACUGGCAUGCUGCGGUGGGUCCAGCCCCCCUCCCGUCUUCUCCAAAGGUGCAAAUGUUCAAAUGUGGUCGCCGAAUGUGAGCCCUAAGUCCCGCAGAGGGAUCCUGAGGAGGGCCGUUUUCUCAGAAGAACAAAGGAAGGAGCUGGAGAGAACCUUUCGAAGACAAAAGUACAUCAGCAAAAUGGACAGGAACAAACUGGCAGCUGAUCUUAGCCUGAAGGAAUCACAGGUGAAGAUCUGGUUCCAGAACCGUCGUAUGAAAUGGAGAAACCACAAGGAGAAGGAGGUUCAUAACGUACGCUCCCCGAUGGACGAGCUCAUGGCCCGAGGUCGUCCCCAGGAGGAGGACCAGACGUCGCACAGUCACACUGACCUAAAAGCAGAGAUCCAAGCGCCACAGCAGAGCACCGGGGACACAUGCAUGAGCUGAUGCCAAAAAAAAAAAACGUGACUUUCUGACAUCUGCAAAAUCCUCUGCAAAGACUUGAAUAUAGAGGGAACGCCUUGUACAGACUAACACUGACAAUGUAAGCAUCUCAUGUUUUAUUCCACAGCCAUUAAUCUGUGUAUAUAGAUAUGAACUUCAUGCUUGUUACACUUCCCAGGAAAGAUUUUAAUUAAACUGUCAUCUAAAGGUCAAAUGAGCGAGGUAUAACUUUUACAUCAAACUUUAAACUCUCGUAAGCUUUACGCAAAAUUCCUCUUCUAGAAAGGUUCUUCUAAUUCUUUUUAAGUCAUCUUACUUUUGUCGCCUAUUAAGUAACCUUGUGCUCAUUAUCUUGAAUGCAUGGAUCAAUUGUAAAUAAAAAGCUUUUAUUAAAUUGUUA